CUCCGGCGGGUCCGUGGUCGAGCUCGGGCUCCACCGGAGUUCGAUCGCGAGUUAUGUGGACUGAUACCCCGGACCAGGGCUGGCACAGAGGAGGCAGCCCAGGGGAAGGCUCGUCCUAGCUGACUUCCUGUGACCCAGAGCCCCAGCUGUCUCCACCUCCCUGUCUCUGGAGCCCACAGCAUUGCCUGCCCUGAGAAAUGCUGGAAGCUGGGCGAGGCCCCAGGCUGGAGGACCUGUUUUUCCUGUUUCCCACAGAGCUCCCUGCAGCUCGGUCCAGGCCUGUGCAUUCAUGAGUGAGGAACCUGAGCUGGAACUGAGCAUCCUGACAGCGAGAGCAGGGGCUGGUCAGGGCCAUGGCCACAGGCCUGGACAUCUGGAAUGGCACUACCAAUGGCACCUGGGAUGGGGAUGAGCUGGACUACAAGUGCCGCUUCAACGAGAGCUUCAAGUACGUGCUGCUGCCCGUGUCCUAUGGUGUGGUGUGCGUGCUCGGGCUGUGUCUCAACGCCGCGGCGCUCUACAUCUUCCUGUGCCGCCUCAAGACCUGGAACGCCUCCACCACGUACAUGUUCCACCUGGCCGUGUCGGAUGCGCUGUACGCCGCCUCCCUGCCCCUGCUGGUCUACUACUACGCCCAGGGCGACAACUGGCCCUUCAGCACCGUGCUCUGCAAGCUGGUGCGCUUCCUCUUUUACACCAACCUCUACUGCAGUAUCCUGUUCCUCACGUGCAUCAGUGUGCACCGGUGCCUGGGCGUCCUGCGGCCGCUGCACUCGCUGCGCUGGGGCCGGGCCCGCUACGCCCGCCGGGUGGCGUUCGCCGUGUGGGUGUUGGUGCUGUCCUGCCAGGCCCCUGUGCUGUACUUCGUCACCACCAGCACCCGUGGCAGCCGCAUCACCUGCCAUGACACCUCGGCACCCGAGCUCUUCGGCCACUUUGUGGCCUACAGCUCCGUCAUGCUGAGCCUGCUCUUCGCCGUGCCCUUCGCCGUCAUCCUGGUCUGUUACGUACUCAUGGCUCGGCGGCUGCUAAAGCCGGCCUACGGGACCACCGGCGGCCUGCCGCGGGCCAAGCGCAAGUCCGUGCGCACCAUCGCCAUUGUGCUGACUGUCUUCGUCCUCUGCUUCCUGCCUUUCCACGUCACCCGCACCCUCUACUACUCCUUCCGCUCGCUGGACCUCAGCUGCCACACCCUCGACGCCAUCAACCUGGCUUACAAGGUCACCCGGCCGCUGGCCAGCGCCAACAGUUGCCUUGACCCUGUGCUCUACUUCCUGGCUGGGCAGAGGCUCGUGCGCUUUGCCCGGGAUGCCAAGCCACCCACUGACCCCACCCCUCCCACCCAGGCUCGCCACCGGCUGGGCCUGCACAGGUCCUACGGAAGUGAUGCUGUCAGGACAGAAGACUCGGCCAGCCGUGAGAACUCCAGGGGGACAGAGUCCUCACUGGCCGGUAGUGGCGCUGACACUAAGGACAUCUGGCUGUAGGCGCUGAACCCCUGUUCAAGUUUACAUGAGAUGGGGCUGUAGACUUGUUCAAAGGGGACAGUCUCCCCAGAUAUGGACCAUCAGCGACUCAGGCAGGAUGGUCAAGGGAGCUGUGACCCCAGCACUCUGUCAUUUGAGUGGGACUCGGUCUGUUCUCUGUGAUCCAGAGAGCAUGGCAGUCCCCACGCCCUUAGUCACCAUUUAUAUGUGCAGGGUGGGGAGUAAGAUCUUAAGAAAAGAGUUUAGGGACAAUGGCAGCUCUGGCCUGACUCCCACAUAAAUACCUGGCUGUGCCUGCCAGGGUCCCCAAGCUCGGCUCCAGCACAAUCAAGUCAAAUGGAGAAACGGGCCCAGAGAGGAAAGAGACUUCCCGAGGUCACACAGCCAAGCCUGGGCCUGAGCUGCCUGGGAGGGGCGGGGUCGCAAGUUGACCAGAGGACCCUGGUAAGGGGUAAGGGCUGAGCCAGAGGUUCCCACAAUGAGUCGGAGUGGUCUGAGUGCCAUGGUGGGCUUGGCUCUGAGGAGUACCCUCAGUCCAAGGGAUGUAUGUCUGGAAACUGAUAUCAUAAACCCAUCAUAAACUGUUUAUGAUGACAUAAACUGAUUUUGCUGGCUGCAGAGGGUCCCAGUCCUUAGGGUCCCCCCAGUAUAGGAUUUAAUGGCAAUAACCAUUAAGUGCUGAUAAAUGUUAAACCAUUUAACUAACUGUCCGGAGAUGGUGGGGGGAAUCCUUGAUUUAUAAACACUGCCAAUAGCUGUGGUACAAAUAAUCCUACCAGGGCCAGCUUCAGACUGCCAGUGGGAUGUCAGCCUCCUUGCAAAAUACCUGAAAAUUUAGCAUUUGGCCCUUGCGAGCAGGUACAAGUUUGUUUAGCACACCACUGGAUCACAUGAAUGGUUGGGGCUGUGGACUGUGCGUCAGGGAAAGCCUCUUGGAGUGGCAGGACUUCCAAGAAGAACACUUCAUCAGAGAAGAACAUGAAAGUGCAGGUGCCAGCUAGCUCUAGCCUUUGGGCAGGAAUAGGGCAAAACUGACCUCACUUUUAAUUUCGAGAAUAAGGAUUAUCUCUCUCUCCCUCUGGGAAAGCCCUUCCCUGAUGGGCCCACUCUGCCUGCUUUCCCCACCCCACCUCCACCUACCUCCAACGACUUCUCCACCCUUCCCAUUCUGCCUCGUCUAAACAGCACCCUCAGGGUUGCCCUAUUUGGAGUCUAGCUCCAGGGCUCCCCCGUGUGACAGGGACCUGUCAUGAGCCAUGACCCAGACCAUUACUCUGCAUUGUGUAACAUGGGUGACUUGCCCAAAGUAGUGUGGAAUGCUCACCUCCCACAUUCUAGGUUCUAUACUUCUGUUAAUAUAGCCGGGAUCCCUAUG